CUAUAGGAUCUUUUGCAAAGGAGGAUCUCUUGCAGCGUCUUCCUUCCCUUCUGCAGCAGUAUGGACUAUCUGUGUCCGAGCGUGCUCCAGAAGGGGCAUCCAUGUUGCAGCACACACCGUCUGUACCACCUCAUUAUGGGCAGCGUAGUAGCAAGGCGUCUACAGAUUUUAUUGACUGCGCCGGUGUCACUAAGGUUGCUGCUUGUUACUUGAGGAUCUCUGAUCCAGGGGAUUACAUAGUGGCACAUGGAUCAGUUUUUCCACGUGCACUGGGAGAUAUGGUGCACGGUGUUCCCCUCCUUCCCCACCAGGUUAAGGUCUUUUUGACCAUUGUGCUUCCUGGAAUGGGUGAAUAUACCAUUCCUUGUCCGACUGAGCAUAUAGAGACUGUGGCAAAUUGCGAGGGGAGCUUCGUUGCAUGGCCAAAGUCGUUGGUGGGCCUUGGAGAUCCCCCGGUGCAGACGGCUCGACAUGGCGACUUCUCAUCAUGCAAAUCUCGUCCCAUUCUCGGCAUACGUCCCACUGCUCCUAGCUCUCCCGUCCAGGAUGUUGUUGACCGGAGCUCAUACGUCGCAUUCGGGCCGAGGUGCAGAGAGUUGUGUCAGUGGCUGACACGCACAUCUACUUUGCCUACCAUCGGCGUCAUUCUCAAUCCCGAGUCCAUGCUCUAUCUGGAGGAGACGGAGCUGAGGAUGCGUCCGGAGAAUAUAUGUGAGUUCAUGCGACGGGAGGAGGUCGAUCAGACCAUCAUCAUUGUUUUCCUGAGAUUGUUGCACGAUCAUAUGAUGGAGCAGGGCAUUGCGUCUGUCGGGUUGUUAUGUCCAGAGAACAUGGCAUACGUGGUAGAUUGUGGAGAUCGCCAGAGACAUUGGGUGUUAGUUGUAAUAUGUUUGUUUGAAAACAAAGUGUAUUUCCUAAACUCAAUCAAGUCGACCGGAUGGCAUAAGAAAAUGAAGGUGAAGACUUUCGUCAACGAGUCUUGGCGGUUACUUUGGGAACAGCAAAUGCCUGCUUAAGGCUCGACCGGAUUGAGUUGAUGUUCCCGGAGUACCCCAACAAGAAGGGAACGUUGAGUGUGGUUACUAUACCAUGCGAUUUGGUUGUCUAAUCGUCAAUAUGUGUGCACAAUGUUCUGUACCGUUAUCCGAUGUAUUUCAGUCUACUAUGCCUUAUACUAGAGCCGAGUUAGAGGAGGUUAGAGAGUUUUGGGCGGGGGGUUUUCUCGAUGAACUUGUGUAAGU